AUGGCCCAGGUUACUGUUGGUGUGUUGAUAGAAAAGCAAGAACAAGAAAACCGAGAUCAAGACACAACAGAUGAAAUCAGCAUUAAACUACUGAGUGACAAUGAAUUGCAGGAAAAGCUUGUCAUGUAUGGUGCCGAGCCUGGACCAAUACUACCUUCUACAAGGACUCUUUAUGAGAAUAAACUACUGCAGUUGAUGAAUCCACGUCCACAAGGAUUAUGUGGCAAGCCAAAGGAAAGUGGAGGUCUUGAUCGGAGCUCAGAGAGUGAGGAAGAAAAAGAGAACAGUACUGAAGUAGUCCUUGAAACAAAAGACUUCAAAGUGACAGCAGCUUGUGCCACUGGCUACAGUAAAGCUCCACACACUGAAUUUUCAGAACGCCACAAGAAACUCCUAGCACCUGAUGCAGAUUACAGUCUUGCCAAGAUAGUGGCAGAGGAAAAGCAAAUAUUGCCAGAGGAUAAGUUGCCAGCACAUCGGCCACAAGGACAGAAGAGGUCAGGUGACAGCAGUCCCCAGGCUACUCGUAGGACAAAGGCAGCUGACAAAAUGGGUUGCUCAAUUGGCAAAGAUGAUGGUCAAGGUGAAACAUGGUUUCCUGAUCCCCGGUCUCCCAUAGGAAUAAGUCCUGCUAGGAGAAGAUCAGUGAGAGAGAGUGACCCAUCAACACAGAAUAUUGUGGAGAAAUCCAAGGUGGAAAAGGAGAAUCUUGAGGCAGCAGCAUUAGAGCGGGAGGAGGCCCGUCGAGGAAUCAUACCGAUGCCCAUAAGGAUUGCUAUACUCGCUAUCUUUGUUUUCAUACUCUUUGUAUAUGUAACUAUGGAGACCAACCCAGACAAUCCAUUCACAAACUUCAUCACAGGAAGAGGAUAGUAGUGCUGUCCUGACACCCAGCUAGGGAGCAUUUAGGAGUGACUACAAAACAAAGCAAACGCCUUUUUCGCUCCCUACUUACAUGUGAACAAGCUCUUGAGAUCGUGAAUUAAAAGGCCAACAGAGGAAAAAAAUUAUAGUCACUGAGUUUUCUUUGUCAAAUAUUCAUUAUAUAGAGAGGCUCAUAAGUCUUGGAGACCCAACUUGCUUCACAAUUUAUCACCUCACCUUGAGCGGGGGAGAAACAGACAUGUAUCUCAUGAUCAGAUUCA